GCCUUUGUACGUAACACAUGUUGAAACGAAACGCGAUUGUUCAGACUAUACUGUAUAUUCUGUGGAUUAUUACGCAACAAAAAAGGAUUAAAUAAUCAUGACUGUUACGGAUUUACUUGCUUCAAAAAUGGCUCAUGAGGACAGAUUUUACAUGGCCAAAAUUGGCGAGGCUGUGAAAGAUGUUGUCAGCAUGGCUGCAUUGAACAAAAGACUGGUUCUGGGUGCAAUGCCCAGUGCCGAGUUUCUAGGAGAGGAGGCAGACAGCGUGGCCCUUUGUCUAUUGCUGGAGAAUAAAUCAGACGAUGUCCUCAUCAACAUCCAGCACAAACUGGUGGAGGCUUAUUGUUGGGAAAAUGAUAUCCCCCUUCUAAAGGUGGACAGUGAGGAUAAAGUCCGAAAGAUCCUGGCAUCCGAGGGCGAUCAGAACAAUAACGAACCCACUGACCUGUCUUGCAUACUUGUUAAGAAUGCAGACAAAUUGUCAUCAUCUGAAUCGAUGCUGGCUGAUUUUUUUGAUUACAUCAUCAAGAACGAAAUUGAACCAUUCCCUGUGAUAACCUUACCGGAGUGACGUAGUGCAGUGAACAGUAGCUCGUGAUUCUCAGCAGCCCACUGAGUAAUUGAACUCAUCUCACUGCACGUGAACCCAUGUUCUGGCAGCGACGUCUGCACGGAUCGAAACCAGGUCGAUCCUUACAGCUGAGAGACUCGCGCCAAAAAGCACGUGUUCCUCCGACAGGAAUUCAGUGCAUAUGUUACACAUGUGCUUCUCCGACAUGUCCACCGGACAUGUUCUUACAUGGUAUACAUGUAAUUCAAAGACAAAUUUGAAAGACAUCAUUUUGUGUUACUUUGUUAAGACAUGGUGGAUUUUUUUAAAUCUGCAUAAUGAUUAUGCAUCAAUUGGACUGUAUCAAUGCAUUUAACACUGCUUCGGAUGUUAAAGUUAUUGUGAAUGAUUUUGUUGAAAAAUAAAAAAAAAAAAAAAAGAAAUUUAUUAAA